AUAAAAUUGUGGGGGAUUGAAAAAGAAAUAUAUAAAAAUUCCAGGGGAUUGGUGGCGAAUUAAUUAUUUGUUGAAAAAUACAGCAGAAUAAUCUCUGAAAUAUUAAUUAAAUAAUGAAUUAAAAAUCUCCCAUUCACUGUUAAAAACAUUAAAUCUAAAGCAGCUUAGGUUAACACCGCAGAAGGCCGGCAAAAGAGGUGUUCUGACUGUAAGAAUACGGGUUUAUUUCAUGCACAAACCCUCACCCCCAAAUUUAAAUUGUAUCGUCUCUGUCAGACUCCUGAAAAAUAGGGUCCAAAUCCGAUCUCAUCCAUUUAAAACAUCUCCUCACUGCUCUGAAAAAUACUGAAAAUGGCAGGGUUUAUGUGGUGGAUUAUUCUCAGUGUUUUUGUACUGCAACACGCCUUUGUAGGUAUGGCCUGGACUGGCGAGAUCCAUGGCAGAGUUUUCUGUGAUGUCUGUGGAGAUGGAUCCAUGGGCCCCGAAGACGAUUUUCUCGAAGGAGCUGAGGUUGCAGUUCUCUGUAUGACCAUAUCAGGAGAGGUCCUCAAUUAUCAGGCAUUUACAAACUCAAAGGGAAUUUUCACAGUAGCAGAGACAAUGUCCGAAAGCAACCGUUGGGAUAUGUGCUUGGCAAGGCCAAUCAGUAGCAUUCACCAAGACUGUAAUCUACCAGGGAUAAAUAAUUCUGCAACCAAGUUUUCGUACACUCUCUCCUCAGGCCAUUCAUACACAGUUAGAUCAUUUUCAUAUCAGCCUGUCAAGACUCCCAUGUACUGCAGUUAAAUACUGUUUGACCAUGGCAGAGGCCUAAAGCUAAGCCUUGAAUUUAUAGCUUUAGUCCAUUAGGUAGUGAACCUGGAAAGUCUCUUUCCAUCACAAGGGUGUUAUUUUUCAACUGUGUAAAGUGUGCAUCUUAAUUUUUAUCUAUGCUAGGGCUAAAGUCACCAUGCAAAUUUUUUGGUGAUGUUAAAAGUGCCCACCUAGUUAUCUAAUAUUUUAAUCGUGUAUCUAGUUAAUGUGCAUAGCAGAUGCACGGCAAGCAAAUACGGUGCAGCUGAAAGCUGCCCUUUUGGCUUUGUUCUUCUAAUGAAGAAUCUGCCAAUUACUAAAAGCUGUAAAUUAAUAUACAAGACAGACUUACAUAUCAUAGAUAUUUAGUGUAUUCAACAUUUUACAUAUAACAAGAUGUGUUGCCUUCUGUA